GAUGCAUGGCACAGCUUUGACACUUACGGCGCGGGCGCCAUAGCGCCGGAUCCACUUGCGCGUGACAGACGGAACUGUCGACACACAGCCAGGAGAGCUUGCAUAAAGAGGGCACAGAACAGCUUACAAACAUUUCACAAAUCCAGACAAAGCUUAUCAUAAGUAUUAACUGCAGCUGUGAAGGCUGCGCCAACCAAAAAAUACAGCAACGAGCAAAGCCUUUCAGCUAUCGAGCUACUUUAUGCCACACGCUUAGCACUGUCCUUUGCUACUGUAAACCAUUUAUACGGGUGAGCAUAUCAGUAUGUUAGGACGGUCAGGGCUUCGCGAGGCCGGGAUCCUCCUCGUCAUGCUUGCGCUACUUGCGCCUGCAAGCGCUGGGCUUGCCGCCCCUUACGGUGACCGGCGAGGCAUCGGAUACGACUGGAACUGGCGCAGCGGGCGAGCCACUUGGUUUGGUGGAUCGGACGGAUGGAGCAUCCACAAUGGAAGCUGUUCGUACCAGUACAUUCAGAAGGACGAACCAUUGGGCUGGGACGUCGCCGCCAUGACGGACGUGCAUCCCGAAUACCAGGAUAGCUGUGGCCUGUGCUACGAACUUGCUUGCGACUCUACGUGGACCAGUGACGGUUAUGGCCAGUGGCUGGACAGAACCGCAAGCUGCUUUGACACCGGCGCCAGCGUGGUGGUACGCAUCGUCGACGUCUGUCCCUGCUCAUACCCCAGCAACGCAUACAAUAACAAACGAUGGUGCUGUGGAGACAGGGACCACUUCGAUGUUUCAGUUUGGGCAUUCGAGAAGCUUGCGGAGACACGUUGGGGUGUCAUUCCAAUCAAGUAUAGGCCAGUUCCCUGUGAUCACAAGCCAUACAAGCCUGCGCCACCUGUUCCAAACCCAACGCCAGAGGUGACUGACGGGCGCACCGGUUGGUCAACCCCGGACAAGACGCGCCACACUCGCGACUGGCCUGAGUACAUGCACGACACUCAGACUCACGUGAACACAAUAUUUGAGGACAACUACGGCGAGGGUAUCCAUGAUGCGUCGUGGAACAUGCAGCUGCAGUCCCUUUCCGAUUCUAUCAGGAGCGGCACCCUAGGCAGCCCGGCCAUUUGCGGCAAGGUCUUCAAGGGGGGCGCGUUGGCGUUCAGGGGUUGGAAUGGUAUAUUCCAGGAGAAGAAGGCUCUCGAGUUCUGGACUUACGUAGGCUAUCCCGGCUGGGAGGGCAAAGACCAGAAGACGCCCGACUUGUGGGUCAGCGUGAGCGGGAACAAGGGUGGCUGCAAGCCCACCCGCAUCAUAAGCAUGAAACCCAUCUACAUGGAGCCCACCUGGAGGCCCUACGCCACCAACUAUUUUUGGGGAUGGCAGGUCUACCUGCCAAUCUUCAAUGGCUGGCCUGUGGACUCGGUCAUCAACAACCCAUACGACUUUACGGGCUGCGGCGGCAACAGCGUGUGGGACCUGCACACCGUGGAAUUCCGCAAUGACGGGUGGAGCGACCAGUGGGUCUGCCUGGACCGCGUGCGGCUGGUAUAGUACAUGCACGGAAUCUUAUUUAUUGAUGUGAGGCAGGCAACGCCUGGUGCACUGGUGUUUGAGCUGCAUGUGUGAGGCGGACAAGUUACAGGUCGGGUGGGAGUAGGAUGGGUACCGGAAAGCCAUUUCGAGGGGACUACGCUUACCCCCACUGAUUCUAAUUUAUUUCCGCGUGAGCUUGUAGCCGUGUACUUCAUGAGCGCAAUGAGCUAUGUGAAAACAGCAGCUGAUCAACGAGUGUGAUACGGACAUGUAUGGCAGAGUAGCUUACUGUGCCCCAUGCGUGAGAGACGAUCGCGCGCGUGCCGGUUGACGCCAUACGCGCUUGACUUAAGUACCGGUAUCGCAAGUAUACAGUGCAAGGGAGCGCGGCGCAGGUUUCAUGAACUGAUUAAGUGAGUGAAUGGGUAUGAGUCAUACCGUAUGACUGGCUGAGGUUAUAAGUGGGCGAGCAGGCGAGUGAUCCGGGCUUUGACACGUGCGUGAAACCAACGGCUGGGUCUGAACUGUGUACCGAGAGCUUCUCAGUAUAGUGUCUGGUAGAAGUCUGGUAGAAAGGCUUCCGCUUUGAAUGCUAAUGUGCUGGUGAUGUAUGUAUGCAAGCUACUAAAGGAUUAAGAGUUAUGGUAACGCCGGAGCUCGUGUGGGCUUCGCCGCGGGCAGCACUGUGCCGGCAGCAGGGGUGCAUGGAGAGCACGUACAGUGUUUGUGGAGCGAGGUGACAAAUGGUGGCAUUACUGGCUUUCAUUGUGCCCCUACCUGAGCUGCGUGAACGGAGUGCUUUGUACUAAAGCUGGCGGCAAGCCAAGAAGGGUUCGGCAGGAGGUGAAGCAGCUAGUGCGUGAGCCACGAGGGAGACGACUGGGAUUCAUAAGUCAUGAUGGGCGUCUGCAGACACACUCACACCGGUCAAUACCUUCAUUUUAUUCUUCACACCGGUAAUGUAAACGCACCAGAAU